AUGAACGCCUUCGCUCCCAACCGCUCAACAAGUUCGACGGAACUAACUUCCACACGUGAAAGAUUCAAGAUGCAGAUGGUACUGGAGGAGCGUGACCAGUGGGAAGUGGUGAGCGUAGAAAUGAAGGUGGAGCAGUGCGUCUCGCAGUUGGACCAGACGACGUUCAAGCGCAAGUCCCGCUAG